GAUACAACCGAAAUGCUAGGCUUGACUCUGAAACGUUCCACCUAAAAUUCAGUUAUCCAAAUAACCGUUCACACUCCACACACCACCAACGCCACUAAUCUCCACUCUUUAUCACAACCAGAAUCACCAAAAUCAAAACACAAAUUGUCAAUUUCUGACACCAUCGGAAGCCGCCACUAAUCUCUACCGCCACUAACCUCUACUUUAACCGAAGAUAAAAAAAAAUCAUUGGCACUUCACCAUGAAAACUAGCUCCUACAACGAUUACCUUCUCUUUGCCCUGAUCACGCACUUGGACGUGAAAGCUGACAGAAUUAUUGACGUGCUGAAUUCACAGAUUCAGAGACUGCCUCACAAUCCACGUGAUCAUCACAAGCACAAGCAAGUUUGCAGAGCAGAGAAGAAGAAGAGGUUGGUCAGUGGCAAAUCCAUUUGCGGCAUAUGCUUUGAUAUGAAAAUGGAGCCUGAAAUGUUCCGGGGAGGUGAUUGCAACCACCCGAUUUGCAGUGAGUGCAUAUCCAAGCAUGUUGUUGGUCAGAUUCAGCGAAAUGUUUUCAAUGUGAAUUGUCCAAUUUCAAAUUGCUGUGUGCAGUUGAAGCCGCAACAAUUGAAUUCCCUUUUGCCUAAAGGGGUUCUUGUUCGAUGGAAAUUUGCGAUCUCCAAGUCUUCAAUUGAUUGCCCUGUUUUGGUGGAGAAUGAAGAUGAGGGGAAAGUUGUGAAAGAGGUUAAGCAAGAGAAAGAUUCAGAUAUGAAGGUUUUGAAGUUGGUUAAAUGCAAAAUGCCCAAGAGAUGUCCCAAAUGCUCUGUUUAUGUGCAAAAAAGUGGUGGAUUUGGACACAUGACUUGCAAGUGUGGAUGUCAUUUCUGCUACAACUGUGGGGGAAGGUGGAAAUUGGGACAUCAAUGCAACAUAUUCCAGAGAUGGCAAAACAAAUGGAAACAGUUUGUACAGCAAAUAAGCAGGAAGUUUUAGCUAUUAAAUCAUGAGAGGAAAGAACAUUUGGUAAACGGUAAUAGUCCAGAUAAAAUGGAAAUGAUGUUGUAAACUGUGUUUUUUUUAUACAGUUUAGCGUUUUAUAUUCACCGAGUGCUCCUCAACAUUUUUAUGAGGAUGUAAAUAACACUUUUCAAGGGAUAAAAUUUUUAAUUUGUGCUUUGAAAUAAAUGUAUUAAUAAGCUAUUAGAGACUCCCCAAGUAUCAUUAGUAUUAUUCGAGGUAUGUUGCUUCUGAGGACUUGGAUUGUUUCCCUUCAGGGUGCUUUGUGAAGGAAAUGUUGUUGCUGACUUUCUUACAAAGCUUGUCUUACGUUUCUGAUUUGCCAGAGCUCUUAUUUUUCGCCUUUUUUUUGUUGAUUAUUAAUAUGUUUUGACUCCUAGAGUUUUGUUAUUUCUUUCCUUCUUGUACCAGAAGAAAAAGA